AUGAGGGAGAUUGUGUACAUACAGGCAGGCCAGUGUGGCAACCAGAUUGGUGCAAAGUUUUGGGAAAUGCUAAGCGACGAGCACAAUAUUGACUGCACUGGCAACUACUAUGGGGACAGCCAUUUACAGCUGCAGAGAAUCGAGGUGUAUUACAAUGAGGCAGCUGGUAAGCCUAAGUCAACUCUUUUUCUCACAGGCAACAAAUAUGUUCCUCGGGCCAUCAUGGUGGACCUAGAGCCUGGCACCUUAGACUCAGUAAGAUCGGGACCAUUUGGCCAGAGCUUUAGGCCAGACAACUUCAUAUUUGGCCAGAGCGGGGCAGGCAAUAACUGGGCAAAAGGCCACUACACGGAGGGAGCCGAGCUGUUAGAAUCGGUGCUGGAUGUGGUACGACGGGAGUCAGAAAGGUGUGACUGUCUCCAGGGUUUCCAGCUGGCUCACUCCCUGGGAGGUGGCACUGGAUCAGGCAUGGGCACCCUGAUUCUCAACAAGAUCCGAGAGGAGUAUCCAGACCGCAUCAUGAACACCUUCAGCAUCAUGCCCUCCCCCAAGGUUUCAGACACCGUGGUAGAACCUUACAAUGCCAUCUUGUCUAUCCACCAGUUGGUGGAAAAUGCAGAUGAAACUUUCUGCAUCGACAAUGAGGCCCUGUAUGACAUCUGCUUCCGCACCCUGAAGCUGCCCACACCCACCUAUGGAGACCUGAACCACCUGGUGUCUGCCACCAUGAGUGGAGUCACCACCUGCCUGCGCUUCCCCGGCCAGCUGAAUGCAGAUCUGCGCAAGCUGGCCGUGAAUAUGGUGCCCUUCCCCCGCCUACACUUCUUCAUGCCUGGCUUUGCACCCUUGACCAGCCGGGCCAGCCAGCAGUACCAUGUUCUCUCUGUGCCCCAGCUCACCCAGCAGAUGUUUGAUGCCAAGAACAUGAUGGUCGCCUGUGAUCCCCGCCAUGGUCGUUACCUGACAGCAGCUGCCAUCUUCCGAGGCCGCAUGUCCAUGAAGGAGGUGGAUGAGCAGAUGCUCAACAUGCAGAACAAGAACAGCAGCUACUUUGCAGACUGGAUUCCCAACAAUGUGAAGACAGCUGUAUGUGACAUCCCCCCGCGUGGCCUUACGAUGUCGGCCACCUUCAUUGGCAACAACACAGCCAUCCAAGAACCCUUCAAGCGCACCUCAGAGCAGUUCAGUGCCAUGUUCCGGCGCAAGGCAUUCUUGCACUGGUACACGGGAGAAGGCAUGGAUGAGAUGGAGUUCACUGAGGCUGAGAGCAAUAUCAACGACCUGGUGUCCGAGUACCAGCAGUGCCAAGAUGCCACUGCUGAUGAACAGGGGGAAUUUGAAGAAGACUUGGUGGAGGAAGAAGUUUAA